CGCCCACCCCAACCCCAACCGCAAAGAAAGCGCAAAAGCGCGCGUAUAAAAAACAAGCGCAGCGCCCUCAAAAGGCCAUAGAACCCCCACCUAAAACGCCCAAAAAAGCCCCGCAAACGCAAACGCAAGCGCAAGAUAUAGCGACCAGAACAGACACAGAACCAACGCAAACAGAUGCUCCGUCCGAAAAAACACAGAGUUCGCCCACCACUCCGCUUUCUUUUGAUUUGGGAAAAAAACGAAAGAAGAAGAACAAGAUUUCUAAAACCAGUAUUCCCUAUGAGGAAAGAAAGUGAAGUGAAGGAAGGAAGAACGAAGGAGGAAGGAUAUGAGGAAGAAGAAGAUAAUGAAGAAGAAGAGAAGAUGAAGGGUAUGAGUAUGAGAGAACAGAAAAGAAGGAGAGAGGUAUACGAGAUACAAAGCCCGCUCCCACUCCCGCUCCCGCUCCUACUCCCCAAACCCAGGCCACCACGGCGCGCCAGCGAUGCGUGCGUGGUAGAGAUGCUGCAUACCGCCGCCGCGCGAUUGGGGUUCCCAACCGCCGCCGCUCGUCUUUACCGUCUGGCCGUCUUUACAAGUAUAGUACCUCGAAAGCUGUAGAAAGGGGGUGUUUGUGUGUGUGUGUGUGUGUGUGCGUAUGAUUUGAUGCGUGUUGUCAUGUGUACAAGGUUGAUAGAUAGCGCUGAUGCCCGAUGAUGCCGAAAAUGCAAAGUAGUAGUACUAGUAGUAGUAGAAGACGAAGAAGAAG